AGGUGGCGACUCCACCGCUGCGAACCCUGUGUGAAAUCAAAGCCGAAGAAGAUCACGAACUGGAGGAACUCGACCAGUGUCCCUCAUCAUCAUGUUAUUGAUCAUCAUGUCGGCGUAGAAGGGAAACGGAACCCAGAACGAAUUAGCACCGGGUUCCGAGCCGUGACGGAGUCCUUAAGAUGGCAGGCGAGGAGGAGAGGGGGGUGGUCCGAGUCAAAGUCAAGAAAUGUGAUGGGGUGCUCCCUGUGGAGUUUCGCUCCUUUGCUGUUGAUCCUCAGAUAACGUCACUGGAGGUCCUUCAGCACAUUCUCAUCCGAGCCUUUGACUUGAACGGGAAGCGUAAUUUUGGGAUCAGUUACUUGUCUCGAGACCGGAGUGGUGCCGAAAUGUAUCUGUCCCUGCUGUCUGACUGGGACCUGGAUGUUGCAUUUGUCAGUGCAGCCAAACCAUUUUUGCAGCUUAAGAUGGACAUAAAACCUUCAGAAGACAGUCCUGUUAUGGAGGACUGGGACAUCAUAAGCCCCAAAGACGUGAUUGGCUCUGAGCAGCUUUUCGCAGAGAGAACUAGAUCCCUGGCAUCUGCAGCACUUCCUUUCACCCAGUCUCUGCUGUCCCAGGUGGGCCGGACCUUGUCCAGAGUCCAGCAGGCCUUCAGCUGGUCUUAUGGCGAGGAGAUCAAGCCCUUUAAGCCUCCUCUGAGCGAUGCCGAGUUUCACAGUUACCUCAACGGACAAGGCCAGUUGACACGACCUGAGGAUCUGAGGCUACGAAUUUAUCACGGGGGUGUGGAGCCGUCACUGCGCAAGGUUGUGUGGCGGUACCUCCUGAACGUCUACCCGGAUGGACUGAGUGGACAGGAACGCAUGGACUACAUGAAGAGGAAGACAAGGGAGUAUGACCAGCUGAAGAGGGAGUGGACAGGCCGCGUCACUCACGAGGAGCUUGAGUUUAUCCGUGGAAAUGUUCUAAAAGACGUCCUGAGGACAGACCGGGCGCAUCCGUACUAUGCAGGCUCAGAGGACAGCCCACAUUUAACCGCCCUGACUGAUCUGCUCACUACAUUUGCCAUCACACAUCCACAGAUUUCGUACUGUCAAGGCAUGAGCGAUAUCGCCUCUCCUAUACUUGCAGUGAUGGACAAUGAGGCGCAUGCCUUCAUCUGCUUUUGUGGCAUCAUGAAGCGCUUGGAGGGAAACUUCAGGCCGGACGGGCAGCUCAUGUCUGUUAAGUUCCAGCAUCUAAAGCUGCUUCUCCAAUACUCCGAUCCUGAGUUCUACUCGUACCUGGUGUCCAGAGGCGCGGACGACCUCUUCUUCUGUUACCGCUGGCUGCUUCUGGAGCUUAAGAGAGAGUUUGCGUUUGACGAUGCUUUGAGGAUGCUGGAGGUAACAUGGAGCUCUCUGCCUCCAGAUCCUCCUGAAACGGAGGUGGAGCUUUUGGGGCCACCCCUGGAGGCGGACGACAACGUGGGCUGCCAGGACAAGGACAAGGCUGUUGAGAACUGCCUCCAAGAUGAAAAAGAACAAAAGGAGAAGCAGCGGCGGCGACACAUGCUGAGGCCUUCAAGAGAAGAACCAGACGAGCGCAUGAGCGCAGGAGCGGAGGACAAAGACUCGCGAAAGGGAAGUGGUGGUGAUAUUUAUCACCUGAGCACAGAAAAAACUCACUUCCAGGCUCCUCUGUAUGAAAGGCAAAGCAGCUUUGGGGAGUUUAAGUACUAUACUGCACGCAAUGACAAUAGCUUUGAUAUGGAGGAUGCUGAGCAGCCACAAGGCUCGGUAGCUAGCAUCGCAAGGCGCCAGUCCACCUUGGACAGUGAGGACGACCCAGGAGAGAGAACGCCUCUAAUAAAAGCCUCUGUGGCAUCGUUGCCUCCGCCCUGCCCCGAUGCCCCGCCCACGUGCAAGACGCUCACUCCCACAUCUACAGCUACACCCUCCAUCUGGCCCAGCGAUUCCUCAGACUCGGCCCCAGCCAGUGGAGGAGGCAGCCCACCAGCCUUACCCGUCCCCGGAGCCUCCACCUCCUCAGUCCAGGUGGGCUGUGCCGGCGUUAACUCGCCUACAACCGCUGUGAGAGCAGCUGUGGCUUCUCCUUCCCACACGCGAUCCCUGCUCUCCUCACCUAUUCUGUCCUUUGGAAGAGGCUCCUCGCUGUCCGGCAGCAGGUCGUCCUCCAACAAUCUCCCUUCACCUGGCAACAAAUCCCCCAGCACCACAGCCAACACGCCCAGUUCCACGAAAGCCGAGACCACCGGCAUCAAGCAGUGCUCCCUGCCACCGCCCCAGGAGUUUGGAAAAGGCAACCCCUUCAUGCUGUUCCUGUGCCUGUCCAUCCUGCUGGAGCACCGGGAGCACAUCAUCAAGAACGGCCUGGACUACAAUGAGAUGGCCAUGCACUUUGAUCGCCUCGUCCGGCGCCACAACCUCAGCAGGGUGCUGCAGCGAGCCAAGGCCUUAUUUGCAGACUACUUACAGAGUGAAGUGUGGGACUCGGAGGAGGGGGACGAAGUCAGCUCAGACUCCCCAACGACAGCGAGCGCUGCUCAACACUCCCCGUCUCCACCCGCCUCAGUCAGGCCUAUUUACAGCCCGUUAGCGUCACCUCCGAACUCAACCUACAACCUCGCCACCACCAUUCCCUCGCCAACAGUCCAAGGGUCCCUCCUGCCCACUUGAUUCUGUCCUAGACCACCGUCUCAGUGAGCUUCUGUGGCCCCUUGGAGCCUCCCACAUGGAUCUGGGCUGUUAUGCUUCAUUUUACUCUGUUUAAGCUUGAAUUUAGAACUUCUCUGUUAGAAGUCACUGUAAAAUUUCACUUUUCAUGUCUGUUCUUCAGUUGGGAAUGAACUCCCUUAAUCACUUGGAAGGUGCUGAUCCUAAAUCCCAGGGUUUGACAGUCAGACACUUGGCUUGUCUGAGUUCUGCUGGAACCAACACAAGUAGAGCCACUUUGCAUUUAGCCUGAGUUGCCCUGUUCAUUUACAAGCUGUUCUUAUGUCCAAACAUGUUCUACUGAGGUUUAAAGGCAUUAAAGUUAAAGGAAAACCCCUGAGACUGUACUUUAGGCUGUAACUGAACCAAGGUUUAACUCAUCAUUCAGUCAAUUUAACGCUGUGGUGGUUGUAUCUACUAUAGUCUUCUCUAGUAAAUACACACAUUCAGGUUCAUGUAUGAACCUCCAAACCUGCUGGACUCACUUGUCACCGUUUACCUUAAAGAAUAGUCAUUCAUUUACAUGGAGAAGUGGGCGAGGAUCUAACAAGUUCCUCUUAGUUUUCUGUAUCCACUCAUUUAAACUAUGUAGAGAUUAGUGGAAUGAAAACGGCAGAGGCUCUGGUUCCCACAGCUAAUGUUUGCACUGUUGCUACUUGAAUAAACAGCGCAGCAAUUAAAGUACAAAUAUCCUCAAUCAGUCCCAUUGAAACGACUUUGAAGACAUGAGAUGAGAAGUGAUGACUGAGUGACGGCUCUGGGCUUGUUUACAGUGCAAAGCCUUCAUUAAAGCGUUGGAACAACAUGGGCACUGACUAAUAAGGGAAGAGUCCAGAUCGUAAACUGGGCCCAAACCAUGACCGGCUCCUUUUCAUGCCGCCUGGUUGUUCGUGUCUGUCUUUUUUGUCUUGUUGCCAUGAAGCUGAUCAAAUGGAAGGUUAAACGGCUCCUUCAUGUGUGUGACGUGGUUACACUGCUUUAUAUUCAGGGUUUGGGCUCAAUGCAAUACUUAUGUUACAGAACAUUCAUCUACGUCUGUGUGUUUUUCCUUUAUUACUUCUUUAACUGUGACUCAGCGGAUCUUCUGGUCCUAAAUUCAACCCGUGGAGCGUCAUUAUGGCUGAGGUUUUGUUCAAACACUUCAAGUUUCUGCAUCCAAACUACCACAGGAGCAAAUGUGCAUUAUUUACUGCUUCGCUGGCUUUUUAUCGCAUCACUUAGCACUUUGGUUUUGCUGUUUUCCAAAGAAAGAACUUUGCUUCUGCGUCUGUUUUGUUUGUUAUGAUUUCAAAGAAUCUAUAUAUUUACCGUUGUGAUAUUUGAGUUCUGCUCGUUUACGUGUCAUGUGGCUGGCUGCAUUUUUACUUGUCUGCUUGCUGUAGGCAAAGGGAAAGAAUGAAUAUGUCGCGAUGCCACUUUAUCCGACCGGUGGUAGAAACAAGCCUUUGUCCAGCCUUGUGGCAGAGAAGUGCCUCGAUGCUUGUAAUGAGCAGCCUUCAUUUCUGUUUGGUUUUAUUAAUGUCGCUCACAUUGUGUCAUUAUACAGUCUGAUGUAAAAGCCACUUGAUUAAUACAAGCACAAGUGUUGGACUGACCAAACUAAGAUGUUCAUAGGAUCAGUGACUGUCACCAUUAACUAUUGGGCACAAACAGCAAAGUUAUUCUUGGAAGGAGUAAGUAAAUCUCCAUGAGUCUGUGUGUUUCUGCAUGAGUCCUAAUAUCUCAUGCUCUGUUGUCAAAAACAUUGACAGAAUUUUCAGACAUAUUAGACAUAUACACAGAUUUUCAGUUUUGAAUCCAAAUUUCCCCCAAAUGGGGAAUUUGUGGAAAUUGAUUUGAAGACGCUGUAGUUUUAAUGUAAGAGGCUGAAACUGUUGGUCUCGUUAAAAUGAUUUGAUGAAAGGUUGUAGCUUCACAGUCACAAUGAAGGUUAAGCAGGUGGAAGGAAUUCACGCUUUUAGACGCCACAACAUGAGACAGAGUCUCUUAAAACCUUCAUUUCUUUUCCGUUUCAACAUUGUUUUAGUGUUUUCUCAGAUGUCUGUGAUGGCUCCACUUCCACAGGGGAAGUUCCUCUCUGACAAGAGCUCAUGAUUAAACAGAGACUGAACAUUUGUCAUGUUUUAAAAAGGCCCAUGUGGCUAUUGUGGUUACGACUCUUAUGCUCGGUUUUACCUCCUUUUGUAAAUCUGUAUUUGAAUUGUAUUCAAGGUGAAGCAGCUGGGCUCUCAGCAAGAAAAGGUUUCUUCUCAAAUGAUAUACAGUAUGUGCACAAAGUUAAACUUUUUAAUCCUACAACACACAACAGUGUUAUUGAUUGUAUAUUGGACACAAAUAAAUAAUCAAUGCAAGGGUCUGGUUGAAGGAUUCUUUAUUUUAAUUCAUUUAAUUAAAAAUGCUACAAAACCA